AUGCGAUUCAUUUUUUAUUUUAUUAAAUAUAUAAUUUUUUUAUUUUAUAUCUCUAAUAUCUUUUUAAAAACUAAAAGUCUUAAAGUGUUAAAAAAUAUAAGAUAUUUUAUUUUUUUUGAAAAAGGUAAAGUGUUCAAGGAAGAAAAAAAAAUUAUCGUAAAAAAAAAUACGAAUAUAAGGAAAAUGGAUAAUCAAGAAAAUUUAUUUAUCGAUAUAGGUGCAAAUUUAACUGAUAAAAUGUUUGAUGGAAUUUAUAAUAAGAAAAAGCAUGAAAACGAUCUAAAAUAUGUUUUAAAUAGGGCAAAGAACAAUAAUGUUGAGAAGAUUAUAAUAACUUGCACGUGCUUAGAAGAUAUUGAUAAAUCACUUAAAAUUUGUGAAACAUAUGAUCCUGAGUGUAAGUUUCUAUUUUUAACAGCUGGUGUGCAUCCAACAAAUUGCUAUGAAUUUACUGGGAAAAAACAUAUUGAAGAAAUAGAAGUGUUAGCAAAAAAGGAAUAUGAAGACUUUGUAAAAUAUUAUAAAAAUGAGAAAAACAUAUUAGAGGAAAAUAAAAAUAAUGAAGAUUUAGUUAAAAGCAGAGAAAAUAACUUAAAUUUAACAAAUACAAAAAUAGUUCAUGAAAAAAAAAAAAAUUCCGAUGAACAAAUAAAAGAAGAUUUUAAAAUUCCUGGUUUUGUUUAUGAUGAAAAAGAUGAAAAUUAUUUAGAAUCAUUAAAAAAAAGAAUAAUAAAUAAUAGCAACCGAAUUGUAUCUAUUGGUGAAAUAGGAUUAGAUUUUGAUAGAUUGUUUUUUUGUCCAAAAUAUAUACAAAUUAAAUAUUUUAUUUAUCAAUUAAAAUUGGCAGAGAUAUUUAGAUUACCAAUUUUUCUACAUAUGAGAAAUUGUUCUGAUAAUUUUUUUGAAAUUUUAGAAAAAUAUAAGCCAUUAAUUGAAGAAGUUGGAGCAGUUAUUCAUAGCUUUACAGAUAAAGAGGAAAUAAUAGAAAGAAUAAGUAAUUAUAAAAAUUUGUAUAUAGGGGUAAAUGGAUGUUCAUUAAAAACUUUCGAAAAUAUAAAUACAGUUAAAAAAAUACCUUUAAAUCUUUUAUUAUUAGAGACAGAUGCACCUUGGUGUUCAAUAAAAAAAACGCAUGCGUCGUAUCAUUUCAUUAAAGAGAAAUAUGAAAAAAGAAAUUAUACAAACUUAAAAAAAAUAAAAAAUGUAAUACAAUGUGAUGAUACGACCAUAUUUAAAGAAAGAAACGAGCCAUACAAUAUUAGAGACAUAGCAGAAAUUACAUAUAAAAUAAAGGAGCCCAAUAUAACUUUUGAGGCAUUUUGUAAAAAAAUCAGAUGUAACACUUUAAGUUUGUUCAAAAAGAUAAAGUAA